AUGGAGACAGAAUGGGAGUGGAUAUACGGGGAGAUUCAUGAUGAUAUAAAGACUGCCACAAAGGCCACACUCAAAUCUAGUGCAGAAAUUUCGAGAUCUUUCAGUGGACAGAUAGAGGGUAGAGGCUCAGCUCUCGCGCUAAGUGGAAAGAGACUGAUCGGUGCACGUAAUGCGAAGUUUCAAUUCGGUAUCGGAGAUGCUGUGUUGGUUAACUGUGGUGAUCCAACGCCGUGGAUCGCAAUUGUCCGAUCAAUCGACCAAACUGUACCUGGGGAAGAAAAGGUCGACGUAUUGUGGCUGUCUAAACAUACUGAAAUCACCAAUAAGAGGAAAAAGAGGAAAGAUUAUCUUCAUAACGAACUUUAUUUGACCCCGCUGAAGGAUUCCAUAGGCAUUGAUACCAUCGAUGGGACGGCCCAGCUCAUGUCCGAAACUGUUUUUAACCAAAAAUAUCCCAAGGGAAUAAGCCAGGGAGCGACUGUCCAUGGGUUCGUCUUUAUAUGUAGACGAGGAUGCGAAGCUCGUGGAGCAAAUUAUACCGACGAGUUUACUUGGGAAGAUGUUGAACCCAGAACACAAGAAGAGGUAGAUGCGUUACAUGAACGUAUAAUAUGUGAAACUCAACCUAAAAAAAGGAGAUCACCUCUUCGGCGAAGUGUAAAGAGAGAAAUUGAUUCACUUCCUGUCAUCCCAGAAGGAACACCACGCAAAAAACAAAAAUUUUCUGCUAAGACCCCUAGUAAACCCAAAACGCCCAUGAAGUUAGUUACACCGAGUCACAAGAGAGUGGUUAUUAAGAAGCCCCUCGAGUUCACGCCCUUGGCAACUCGAACUCUAGAUAUCGACAGCUUCGCAGGCUCUCCAUUCAAAACAGCAAGGUCUCGCCUUCACGUUUCCACCGUCCCAACUUCUCUACCUUGUCGUGAGGACGAGUUUACAUCGGUCUACUCACAUUUGGAAGCUGCUAUUUUCGAGGGUAGUGGCGCAUGUAUUUAUAUAUCUGGGCCACCAGGCACUGGUAAAACUGCUACUGUGCGGGAAGUUGUAGCGCAGCUCGAAACGGCUGUUCAAGCCGAAGAAUUAGAUCCAUUCAAUUUUGUUGAGAUUAAUGGCAUGAAGAUGACAGAUCCGGCUCAGUCUUAUUCAAUUCUAUGGCAAGCACUAAAGGGAGAUCGUCUUUCAUCAAACCAUGCCUUGGAUCUGCUUCAACGCGAGUUUUCAAGCCCGUCACCUAGACGCAUACCAUGCGUUGUACUGAUGGAUGAACUAGAUCAGCUGGUUACUAGAAACCAGUCUGUAAUGUACAACUUUUUUAACUGGCCAGGGUUACCAUUUUCUCGUCUUAUUGUCUUAGCCGUUGCGAACACCAUGGAUCUUCCUGAACGCACUCUUAGCAAUAAAAUAAGUUCACGCCUAGGACUGACCCGUAUCACUUUUGCAGGCUACAGCUUUGAUCAACUAGUCAAAAUUAUAUCUACCAGACUCGAAAAUAUACCGGGAAAUUUCGUUGAAAAAGAUGCUAUUGAGUUUGCUUCUCGGAAAGUCGCUGCAGUAUCUGGAGAUGCGAGACGAGCACUUGAUAUUUGUAGAAGGGCUGUAGAGCUUGCAGAAAGCGACGCGCUAGCUAACCCAAAUCCUACGCCCUCCAAGACACCUAUCGGAGUUAAAAACAAUGGAAUAGUUCGUAUUGAGACUAUCAGAAGAGCUAUCAAAGAAGCGACAACAAGUCCUCUACAAAAUUAUCUCCGAGAACUACCCCUUGCUUCAAAGGUAUUCUUAGUAGCCUUGAUAAUAAGAAUGAGGCGAAAUGGCACUGGAGAGGACACACUGGGAGAAGUUCUAGAUGAGGCAAAAAAGUUUAGUAGACAAACUUCAAGUGACAAUAAAAUAUCCGAAUUUCUCUUUAAAACCAAACCAGAAAAUGUUGUGGGUCUAUCACCAUCAAAAAGAGAUAUAAGCAAGACACCACGGGUCCUAGCGCUCGGAAAAUCGGCGAUUAGUUUGAUGGAAGCUGGAAUAAUCGGAUUAGAAACAUGGAAAGUUGACCGUACUGCGAAGGUACGGCUUGCAGUUGGAGAAGAAGAUGUCAAGAUAGCUUUCAAUGAUGAUCCUGAGGUCAAGAACCUAGGCCUCUGA